AUGAAUGACAAGCGCGGACUCAGGGCCGGCAAGGCGGCAAAGGGUGGCAAGGGCGGCGGCAAGGGCGGUGGCAAGGGUUGUGGCCGUGUGGCGCACCAGACCCACUUUGCGCCGCCGCCCUCGACGCCCGAUACUCGGUUGAGCCGGCGGAGCGACGGCGGCAGAGUUGCGGCCGCCGGCGACCUCUCACACGGCGUCGAGCGCCGUAGAGACGGCCCCGAGAGCCGCCGCCAGGUGUGCCACGACCGCGGUCGCGAGGCUCGUGGCGAUGGAUGCGCCAGAUCCGCUUGCGCCGCCGCCCUCAACGCCCGAUACUCGGUCAGAGCCGGCGGAGCGACGGCGGCGGAGUUGCGGCCGCUGGCGACCUGA